AUGGCCCCCACCGAUGUUGAACAAGCAGCGUCUUCCGUGACGGACAUGCCACAUUCUACAAACGAAAAGAUCUCCUUAGAUACCCUACCAGAUGCGCCAGAUGGCGGUCUCAAAGCCUGGCUAGCUGCAGCUGGAGGCGCUUGUAUCUUUUUUGCUGCCUUGGGAUUUGCCAAUGCAUUCGGGGUCUUUGAAGAGUACUAUCUGUCGCACCAGCUCGCCGGAAAAUCCGCAGAUGAUGUGGCUUGGAUAGGGUCUCUGGCUACAUGUCUUCAAUUCGCUGCUGGAGCACUUGGAGGUCCGUUGUUUGACCGAUACGGUGCUUGGGUCAUUCGGCCCGCAGCCGUUCUUUACACUUUUGCAAUCAUGAUGACAAGCCUGUGUAAGGAAUACUGGCAGUUUAUCCUUGCACAAGGUAUUCUCAUGGGCUCCGCAAUGGGGCUGAUUCAAUUUCCAGCCAUGGCUGCUGUGACUCAAUACUUCGACAAAAAGAGAGCUGCUGCUCUGGGAGCAGUUGUAGCAGGAUCCUCAAUUGGUGGUGUGGUCAUGCCGAUUGCACUUUCAAAAAUGCUAAACAGUACCAACCUGGGUUUUGGAUGGUCUGUACGAGUAAUCGGAUUUAUGCUGAUCCCUAUACUUGCCUUCUCAAGUAUCACGGUCACGGCACGCCUUCCACCACGCAAAUCGGCUUUCUUCAUGUCCAAGCCAUUCAAGAACGUCAAAUUCGACCUCAUCACCGCCGCAAUGUUUUUCAUGUUUAUUGGGAUGUUUGCCCCGCUUUUUUACCUUCCUACCUACGCGGUGUCUCGAGGCAUGGAUGCUACACUUGCCUCGUAUAUGCUUGCCAUUCUCAACGCAGCAUCAACGUUUGGUCGGAUUAUUCCGGGGAUCUUGGCUGAUCAGUUUGGCCGGCUGAAUGUCUUCAUGUUUGGCGGGUUUGCAACAGGAAUAGUCAUAUUCUGUUUUAACCAAGCUGAAUCCACGGCUGCAAUCGUCGUCUACUCUAUCGCGGUGGGAUUUGCGUCUGGAACUAUCAUUUCUGGGGGAUCUGCAGCCCUUACCAUCUGCAUCGAAAACCCUCAAGAGAUUGGAACUUACAUGGGGAUGGCCAUGGGAUUCGCUUCAUUUGCUGCUUUGAUUGGACCUCCUGUUAAUGGAGCUAUGAUCAACCAUUAUCAUGGCUUUGCUGAGAUGUCAUAUUUCAGUGGCUCCGUCACACUUCUAGGUGGAUUUAUUGCGCUCGCGGCCAAAUCGGUGACCCCACAGGGAAUAUUCGGAAGAACAUAG